AUGAUUUUAAGCUUAUGGAAUGUUAGAGGAAUCAACAAUCCUCAUAAACAAGCUAGAGUCCUUAAAAGAGCUAGCCUUAAUAAUGUAGAUAUUUUAUGCUUACUUGAGACUAGAGUCAGAGCUGAUAAAGCCAAGGAUAUUUUUGAUUCCACCCUUGCUAAUUGGAAUGUUAGUUCUAAUUAUGAGCAUGCUACUAAUGGGAGAAUCUGGAUUUUAUGGAAGAAAUGCUUGGACCUAAGCAUCAUUCAUGCUUCUGACCAGACCAUUUCAACUAAGGGGUUUUUCCUUGGUAGUCUUUUUUUUGUCACUGUUGUUUAUGGCAGCAAUGAUGCUAUCACUCGUAGACACCUCUGGCAACAUCUCUAUGAGUUGGAUAGAAUUUUUGGUCAACAUCCUUGGAUCCUUGGUGGUGAUUUCAACAUAAUUUUGCAGCCAAACGAAAGCUCUAAUUUUGAAUAUUGUCCUCAUUCCUCCUCUGAUAUGAAAGACUUUCAAAAUGUUACCCAAGAUCUGUUCCUCCAUGAUCACCCCUAUUUUGGCCCUCUUUUUACCUGGAGCAACAAGCAAAUUCUCUCAUAUUUUGCAAGAAAGCUUGACAGAGUUCUUGUAAAUCCUUCUUGGGCUCCUACUAAUCACCCUAAACUUUUCAAGUUCUUUAACUUCUGGACCCUCCACCCAAGUUUCAUGGAUAAUGUUGCUCAAUCUUGGCAAAUCCCUACUAGUGGUAAUCCUAUGCAAAUUUUAUUUCUCAAAUUGAAGAGGCUAAAGUCUGCCCUAAAGAACUUAAACAAUUCCUACUUCAGUUAUAUCUCUUCUAGGGUCAAAUAUAAGCAAAUUCAGCUCGAAAACCAGCAGCUUAAUUCUUUGAAUGGAAUACAAGCUAUCGAAAAGAAUCUAACUCUUCAAAAAGAACUUAUCACCUUACAAGAAACGGAGCUUUUAUUCCUUAAACAAAAGGCAAAAGUUCAAUGGAUCAGAGAAGGAGAUAAGAGUUCUAAAUUCUUUCAUCCUACAGUAGCUUCCAAAAUUAAGAAGGACACAAUACGAGUGCUUAUUGAUGAACAAGGAAAUAGAAUAGAUUUUUUUGAUGCAAUGUCUGUUGAAAUUAUCAGUUACUUCACAAAUCUAAUUGGGAGUCCUGACCCUAAUGUCAAAAGUAGUGACCCUGGCUUCUUGAAAGACAUCCUUUAA